UGAGUCGUAUUUGGGCGGCUAGUGCUUGUAGUUGUAGCAGUUCCAUUUUCAAAUAAUAAAAAGAAAGAACUUUUGUCUUCGUCUUCGGUCUCCCUCGAUUCUCAAAUAGGUCAAACUUUAAUCCUCACUUAAUGGCUUCCGUCUCCAUCUUUUCCCCGUCCUUCUCAUCCCUUUUUAAAUGCUCCCGUCCUCAAUUUUCCCCACAACCGUUGUUUUUUCUUUUGCUUUUGCACCCAUUGAAUUGGAAGAAGACAUGGAAAAUGUGGUUGAUGUUUUGAUUGUGGGAGCUGGAAUCAGUGGUCUCACUACUGCAUUGGGACUUCACAGAUUGGGUAUCCGAAGCUUGGUUUUGGAGUCAUCGGAUGAUUUGAGAGUCACUGGAUAUGCCUUGUCCUUGUGGACGAAUGGUUGGAAGGCGUUGGAUGCCGUUGGAAUUGGUGAUUCACUUAGGCAAAACCAUGACCAACUUGACGGGAUUAUUACUACAUCAAUGAUUUCAGGGGAUAAAACAUCAGAGCUUUUGUUUCCAGCCCCAGAAGAAGGUGGAGUCCGCUGUGUGAGAAGAAAGUUUUUGCUGGAAUGUCUGGCCAAGGCACUUCCAAGUGGAACCAUCAAAUUCUCCUCCAAGGUGGUUGCCAUUGAGGAGUCUGGUUUGCUUAAACUUGUGCAUCUUGUUGAUGGAACCUCAAUCAAGACUAAAGUAAACUGUGCCUCCUCUCUUCUCUUAUUUCUCAGAUAUGAUCUAUCUUCUGUAUUGAUUUGGUUUAUUUCAAUACUACUUGAUUUGAUUGAAAAGGUGCUAAUAGGAUGUGAUGGGGUCAAAUCAGUGGUGGCAAAAUGGCUAGGCUUCAAGGCACCAGCCUUCACAGGGAGAUGUGCUGUGAGAGGCUGUUUACAGCUUGACUCCAACCAUUAUUUUGAACGAAAGAUGAGCCAAUAUGCCGGUGAGGGAGUUCGAGCUGGUAUCAUCCCUUGUGAUGAUAAGACUCUUUAUUGGUUUUUCACUUGGACCCCCUCAGCUGAAGUGAAGGAAAUGAAAAGGAAUCCUGUAAAACUGAAACAACUUGUGUUAAGCAUGCUUGGAGAGAUACCUGAGGCAGCAAGGGUUGUGAUAGAAGAAACCGAUGUGAGUUGUUUUCAACCAGCAGCAUUGCAAUACAGAUCUCCAUGGGAGCUCAUGUUGGGCAACAUUGUAAAAGGCAAUGUAUGUGUGGCUGGUGAUGCAUUGCACCCAAUGACUCCAGACUUAGGCCAAGGUGGGUGUGCUGCUUUGGAAGAUGGGGUAAUUUUAGCCAGAUGUGUUGCAGAAGCCCUGCUGAAGAAACCGAGCAGCCAGGUGGGGGAGAAGGCAGAAAGAGAGCAGCAAAAGCAGGUCGAGAUGGGGCUGAAGAAGUAUGCCGCAGAGAGGAAAUGGAGGAGCAUCGAGCUGAUCAGCACAGCUUAUAUGGUGGGUAGGAUGCAACAGAGCAGUGGGGUGUUUGCUAAGUUUAUUAGGGAUAAGAUUUUGUCUAAGUUUCUGGUGGGACUCUUACUUAGAAAUGCAAAAUUUGACUGUGGGAAACUGACCCCUUCUUUGUAGGGUAAACCACUCUCGUAGUCGCUGCUUUUCUUUUGGGAAAAAUUACAGUUUGUUGAUAAGUUAGAAUAAUGGCAAGCGCUGAAGUUUGCUGGUGUGCAAAUAUAUAGAAAGAAAGAUAGCAAUCUCAUUGAUCAUCUUUGUUGUAAGAUAGUUGCCUUUUGGAUAAUUAUUAAUAAAAUAAUGGCAGGUGAAGGCUCUUGCUUGUGAGGAGAUUUUGAUAAACAA